AUGAGAAUUGCAUUACUUCUUAUUGUUAUUGUUUUAACAAGAGGAUUCUUAGAAAUAAAUGAAAAGUAAUAGAAAACUCUCUAACAUUUGUUAAUGCAAGAAAUACAUGAUGGAGGUAAUUUUUAAGCAGCAGAUCCUAAGGCGAUUGCUAAUAUUGAUUUCAUUUUCAGUGGAUAUAAUUUAUUUUUUGGAAACCCUAUAACCUGGAGGGAAACUUCGGAUCCUGGAUUUACAGGGAGAAACAUCUUUCUGAAUUCAUAUAGCAAAAAAUAAGUGACUUCAGAUGGAAGACAUAAAAUUCCAGACAAUUUAAAUGUCAUAACAAAGAAAGGAUGCAAAUACAACUUUGAGUCAUUUGUAAUCAAGAAUACAGAGUAAAUUCAAAAUUAUAUGAGUUCUUUUGUUGGAGUAAAUUUAGUGUCCAAUAUUGAUAUAACUCCAUGGGCAUUCACAGCUUCAUCUGAAUUCAAUCAUAUGCAAUAAAAAAUAGAGUAAACAUCUGCAACAUUUGUUAUUUCUAUGGCUACUUGUUAAAUAGCUUAAAUCACACAAGUUCCUGAAUUAGCAGAAUUUCAUCAAAGCUUUAUUGACCAAUUAUCUGCUCUCCCUGUUGAAUAUUCAGCACCUUAAUAUUUGGAAUUUCUUAGUAAUUUUGGAACACAUUAUGCAACUGAUAUAUUACUUGGAUCAAAAGUAGGUUUUGUAUAUACUUUACCACCUGGAGUAGUUGAUGAUUUCGAUUAAAAGAAGUUUAAAGAAAUUGAUCUAAAAUAAGCAGCUACAAUUACAUCUGCCCUUCUUAAAGGUGUGAUAGGAUAAUAAAUACUACCAAAGGAACAAGAAGCCAAGGCCUAUAGUGAUGUAUCAAAAUUAAGUACUUAAAGUUUCACUAUUGAAAUUGGCCCUUAGAGCACAGAAAAUACACCUAAGGAUUGGCUAAGAGAAACAGAAUUGGAACCAACGCCUAUUAAAUAUACAUUAAAAAGCUUAAGCGAAUUAGUUUUGGAAGGAAAAGGAUAAUUAUCAUCAGUCAAGGAAUAUUAAAAAAUUGGAUAAAACUUAAAAAAGGCCUUAACAGACUAUUGCAAUUUAUUGUAAUUAUAGGGAUAAAGGAAUGGAAAAUGUGAAACAAAUAAAAGGGAAAUAGGCUAAUGGGUUGAAUAAAGGAAAGUUUGUUUGAAUUUCCUCAAGGAUUGUGAUUGGAGUGGUGCAAGUACAUAAAUUUGUGGGAAUAAAAAUCCAAUAUAAAAAAUUGGAAUGGACUUACCUGAUGUUUAAGCUAAUUCAGUUAAAUUUCACAGUGAUAAGACUGUUAUAUUAGGAGUUAGUAAAUUUAAAAGAGAUAAAAAUUAAGAUAUAGUUAUUGCCUCAUUUCAUAAUGAUUAUUUAUUCUUAGAUAAGCCAGAGAUAUGCUUAAUAAAUUAAGGAAUGUCUGCAUCAGCUGAAUAUCCUAUUUAUUUAACUGAUACAGCCAAAUGUGUUGUAGUACUAUUAUGGAAUGCUUGUGAAGGAGAAGUGUUUUAUUUCACAUCAGUAAUAUGCAAUCAAAUGGAUUUUAUGAAUGCAUAAUUUGAGUUGUUAGGAUCUAUGGGAAAGUGUGAAAUUGCUUUGUUAGACAUUAGAUACCCAAAUUCUGCUUAAUUGAGAAUAUGCUUAUUUAAAGAACCAAAACUUGAAGGAUAAAAAGCUUGUUUUACUAAUGAAAAUAAGGAUGCCUACUUCGGAUAAGAAUUUAAGAGUAUGAUGAUUGAAGAAAAUGAAGUGAUGAUUCACAGAUCUAUGCCUGGUAGUAUAGCAAUUUAAUUUGGCUGAAUUUAUUAAUAAUACCUAUAUAUAUAUA